AUGAGUCUUCUUAUUCACUUAUCCAUAGAUGAGACUUAUACAAUCAGACUAGUGAACGGAACAAAUGAAUAUGAAGGCACAGUUGAAGUUUUCUACAAUAAUGUGUCUGGAUCUAUAUGUGGCAACGACGAUUGGGAUUCCAACAGUGCGAACGUGGUUUGUAAAUCUCUAGGAUACAGUACAGCUCGCUUCGUCUCCUAUGGCAAACUGUUUGGGACCACUUUGGGAGUGGUUCAUUUUAAGAGGCUUGGGUGUGACGGAAGUGAAGAAACCAUCGAUGAGUGCCCCUUUGAGGUCGAUGAUGGAAGCUGCCGCGAUAAGGGUGAUGGCGACGCCGGACUUGUAUGUAAAUAUGACAAUCCACCUUCCGUGAACCUCACUGGAGGGGACACUCCAAAUGUCGGCCAAGUCUUGAUCAACGUUCGUGGAGUAUGGGGCGCCAUUUGCGGCACCUCGACUUGGAAUCCAAAUGACGGAGAUGCGAUCUGCCAGGCCUUUGGCUACAGCCAGGGGGAUAUCUUGUACCGUGAUAACCGGUUUGGAGAUUCUAAAACACAUCCGAUGUUAUUUGAUAAGAUCCAUUGCCCGGCAUCAAUCAGAUCACUUGAUGAAUGCACCCUCUCAGAGGCAAAGCUUUGCACAGGCGUAGUAUAUGGCGGGGUUGCCUGUGACGAGUAUGAGGAUAACAUGCUGCAACUGUCCGAUGGCACCGGGCCGCAUCAAGGACGCAUUCAAUACUUCUACAACGGCAAAUGGAAUGAUGUGUGUGGGAGGAAAGUGGACGCCACUGCAGCACAUGUCCUUUGCCGCAGUCUUGGAUAUGAACGUGCAUCCGUCCUUCUCCAGCAAGGUGGUUUCGGUGAUGACACAAAGCCAUUCUUUGAUGGUAUCAGCUGUCCGCUAUCUGGGUCCACCUACCGUGAUUGCCGUCUUGUGAAAUACCGCAGGCGUUUUUGUUCCAGUAGUUAUGGUGCUGCCUCGAUCAGCUGUGACGAUCAUGAUAACAUGACUGUCAGUCUUACUGGUGGGACUGGUGACCACGAAGGUCGUGUCGAAGUAUUCUUCGAUCGAGCUUGGGGAAAAAUAUGUUCCAAUAGCCAGUGGACCUUCAAUUCAGCUGACGUCGUGUGCAGACACAAAGGCUAUGACCAUGCUUUCAUCAUCUACUAUGACGACACUUUCAGUAAAGACAACAUGACAACGGUGCAGUUUGAUGAAGUUGACUGCGAAGGUUCAGAAACCUUUUUGACUUCAUGCACAUCUUUCCGAUACCAGGAAGGAUUUUGUAAAGACGCCCCUCAAGAAGCAGCAAGUUUGACAUGUAUAUCGGAAUCGGUGCCGGAAAUUGACAUCAGGCUUGCAGAUGGCAGCGACGUCCAUGAGGGGCAAAUCGAGUUCUUCGUCACUGGCGAAUGGCGCAAAGUCUGCGGCGAAAAAUUGACCUUCAAGGAAGCGGAUGUCUUCUGUCGUUCACUUGGAUACGAGAGAGCAUUUGCACUUCUGCGGGAUGGCAGCGCAUUUCACGCCGAUGGAGAUAAAACACCUUUCUUUGACGAGUUAAAAUGUAAUGGGUCGGAAGUUGAUAUUACCAAAUGCAGAUUGUUCAGGUUCAAAGAAAGGGAAUGUGAGUCUUCUUAUGGUGCCGCAUCGAUAUCUUGCGAAUCAGACGAGGAUAUCAACCUGCGUCUUGUCGGAGGUCGAGGUUCUUUCGAGGGUCGCGUCGAAAUCUUCUACGACGGAUCCUGGGGUUCGAUUUGUGCCAAAGAUCCUUGGAAUGAUGCUACUGCGACUCUAGUGUGCCGUAUACUUGGGUUCAACGACAAUGACUUUGUUGGUUUUUACAAUGACAACCGCUUUGGUGAACUGGUGGAAGAGGUCCGCUUUGACGAGCUUGACUGUGACAAUGUAAAGAAUACUAGUUCUAUCAAGUCUUGUCGUCUACUGAAGUACGGAACUGGUUACUGUACCAGCGGCUACGCAAGCGUCCAGUGUGAACUAUAUUAUUUACCAGUUUUAUCUCUAGAAACUUCCACUGUAGAGAGGACAACGACUCCACAAAUACCUACCACCUCAGUCACUACAACUACAAUUUCAACAGCCUCAGAAACCACAGCAAUACUUUCCAUGAAUAAAGAACCGUCCACUACAAAUGACUUCUCGACCCGAAGAAGCACAGUUCUCACUUCAAACGAAGCAAUAAAGUCUACACCAUUUGAACCUGUGAAAACCGAUCCUGGUACUUCGGCCAUGCCUAGGACCUUGGCCCCCCUUAAUCCUACAACAGGAUUGGCUACAAUAUUGCACACGGAGUCCACCAUUCUUGAUAUAGAGGAUGAUCAAACAACGUCAAGCAACACCGCUCUGACUACAGACACUGACACAAGAACUGUCGAAGAAGCCGUUUUUUCAUCGGUAAUAACAAAAACAGAGCUUAUCACUUCGAUGACCGGUACUGCUUCAGUUGCUACUGAUAGAGCCUUGGCAACCACUUUUCAUGUGGAGAGUGAUUCCCAAGUAUAUCUAUCUACUCAGAAACCAACCAGUGGUAUGCAUACUCGUUCCCUAACAGCGAAGAAUACCACGGCAAAGCAAACAUAUUCAACCUACUCCUACGCUGUCGCCACAAUGGCCGAAAUAGAAGAGUCAUCGGCCAUUCGUUUUACAACGUCUACAGCCGAAAUGAAAACAACAAAGUCCACAGUCUCGACAACAACAUUAUAUCAAGAUGACAAAACAAUGAAUAGCCUUCAAACUACAUCAGACGUCGAAAGUACAACUAUCUUUGGCACCUCACCAGCCUCUGUUACAAGGAAGGCGUCAUCAACAGAAGUGCUUAAAAUAGAGAGCACGACGAAGAAUGUUCCUGUUACAACUCCUAAUAAGACUGAUGGUGAAGGAGAGACCACACUAAGGACUUUAACAACCCUUGAAAAUGUUGAUGGUAAAGACAAGACGACGUUCAAUGCUAUUUCUUUAUCAACUCCUUAUAAGGCUGAUGGCGAAGGCGAGACAACGCUGGAGGGAAGUUCGCUGACAUCAACCGAUAUGACACCUAGCGAACAGGAGAUAACAUCGUUUUUCACCCUAGACCAGACGGAUUUCUUUGAAACUUCUUGGCCUGUCAUCACGGACGAUAGAUUAUCGGUCAUUGCAGAACAAAAUUUUACAAGAACUAAUGUGGAGGGUUUCUUGAAGGAAGCAGCAAACAUCACAUCGAAUUUACAAUUUGAAUGGAAUUCGGUCAUAUCCGCGGCUACUAUUCUCGAGAAAGCUGAGGCAUUGCAUUCAUCCUCAAAGAAGGUAACGGUUGACAUGGUUACAAUCGUUGGUAACUUGAUGGAGUGUGAUCCUCAUGAACUUAGAGUAGCUCAGGCCGAAAGUCAUGCUGUAUCGAGAGCUUUACGAACACUCGAGAGCCAGCUCAAUCACGUUGACGUGUCAAGAAAAGCAUCAUUCAAAGUAUCGCAUCCUAAUAUCGGUGUUAAGGUGGAAAUGGUGCUCGUUGAAGAGCUGGAGUUAGGUGUGACAUUCAUAGUCAAUCACUCAGGUGACUAUGGAACGAUCAAAGAUGAUGUCUUCACAACGGUGAUAGAGGAUAGCAGAGACACCAAUAUCACAACAUUCAACGCAUCAGAGAUUCGUAAUUCUUUGAGUCUUCGCUGCCGAGCCAGAGAGUUCUCAAAUUUAACGUCGAAGAGCCAGGUCCGCUUGGCAUUCUCAGUCUUUCGCUUGCCAAACCUAUUCAUCAGUGACCCAGGUAACGGGAACCUGAGAGCAACAGGAAGGGGUCGGCUUGUUCGAAAAGUGACAGGACGGUGGAGACAAGAGGCAAAUACUCCGGUAAUGUCGGCAACACUGGAUCCCUCUGUGGCCCUUUUUCUGCGGGUCAAUGUAACCGGCAUGUUCACACCAAUACAGAAAAGCAGUGCCACAUUACGAGUCUCGCGACCGGUCUGUGUUUUCUGGGAGGAUGUGGAGGCUGAACGUAGCCAUGGCUCUUGGGCAACAUCAGGAUGCAGUUCUGCUGAUGACAACAGCAGUGCAUCCAAUCCGGUAUGCUAUUGCGAUCAUCUCACAAACUUCGCUGUUCUUAUGAGCAUCCAAGAUAUCUCCAAUCCCUCGGUGGGAGACCGUCGAUACCAUGACGCCCAAAUCUACAUCGGUUUCCUGACAUCAAUAGCAACGAUUCUCCUCAUGAUAGUUAUUUACCUUUUGUCUCCGAAAAUUUGGAAAACCAUCUGCGGCAAGAUUCGCAUUGGAGAGUUCAUCUGCUUGUUCUGCUUCAACGUCGCAUUUUUGUGCAAUUUAUGCAUCGAUAAUUGGACAAAUAAUGAUGAACCGGAAGUAAAGGAAAGAGUGUGCUUUGCCCAGUUGAUUGUCUAUCACUACACAGUCUUGGCUUCUGCAAGCUUAAUAUGCAUGCAUGGAAUAAGCAUAUAUCUAUCACGACUCGGCAACACUGAUAUUGACUCUUUGUCGUACCAAAGUAAAGGUGCAUUUCUGGCAUUAGGUUCACCUGCAGUGGUUGUGCUUAUGACGGCAGUAUCAGCAAAGGACUAUUGCUUCGUCGGAAAAGAGUAUGUAAACAGGUGUUUCUUCGGGGUGUGGUCUAUGAUAGGAGGAGUUGUGUUGCCAAUAGUUCUUAUCCUCCUGCUAAACGCAUACAUUGCAGUCCGCCUCCACUUCCGGUCACAUCGACUGACGCCUGAUUCUCCACAGCAACAGGGUGGCUUGUCUGUGGCGGUGUUACAGGUCAGAUUAGACGCCUUGGUCUCUGUCUGUGACAUCCUUCUGUUAUGUCUUCAUGUGAUUUUCGGGUACCUCUCUGUACUCUCAACUCCCGACCAUACCGUACAGGAUGUUCUUGUAGGGUACCUGAUAUUGCAGAGUUUCGUCCUGUUUUUCAUGCAUUGCGUUAUUCCUUUCGAUGCAAGGAAGGAGUUAAAAGAGCUACUAAGCUCUUGUCGCUCGGUGCCGUUGCAUCAGGCCUUUCCCGAUUUCUCUCUCGCUUACAAUACUCGCUUUGUCAACCAGAAAAUAGGCAAGAAAACACAAUCAGAUAGUUAUGUCAUUAGAGGACCGUCCCGAGACCACCAGACUGAAGUAGCAGACGCUUCCGAGACGUAUCCUGUUCCAGAUCCGAUAUCAUCUACCUCGUUGUCGCGUACUGAUAAAGAAGUAACUCCAAGAUCUCCAUCAAAACUAGAACCUCUGGGCCCAGUUGUUGACAGACCGGAUAUCUUUCCAAGAUCUCCAGUACUUCGUUUACCGUAUAAGCGGAAUCUGAUCCCCGUUGGUUCCGCCUUGGAAUUAAGCAGUGCCCUCAACGUUUCACCGCCAAUGUAUCACCAGCCGAAUACUAAAUCAUCUGGAGCAGAUACAAUUCAGGCUUCAUGCCAUUAGACAUUAAUGUCUAGUCUUUUACCGGAAUGACAUUCACAUCUAUGUCAUAAGGAACAAACCAGUAUAGUGAUUGGGAAACGGGAUCUACCUAGUCAAGUGAUUGGUCGUCGAUGAUG